CUUCAAUGUUUCAUGUUAACAAUAUAACUGAACUCUUCAAUUGUGAAGCCAAAUUGCAUUAUCUUAGCUAUCUCUCCUGCAAAUCAAGAUAUUGCCACAUCAGAUGCCAUAAAAAUCGCUCGAGAAGUUGACCCUUCAGGUGAAAGAACGUUUGGUGUUGUUACCAAACUUGAUCUUAUGGAUAAAGGAACUAAUGCGGUUGAUGUACUCGAGGGAAGGCAAUACAGGCUGCAGCAUCCAUGGGUUGGAAUUGUGAACCGUUCACAAGCUGAUAUUAAUCGGAAUGUUGACAUGAUUGCUGCUCGUAGGAAGGAGCGUGAAUAUUUUGAGACAAGUCCCGAAUAUGGACAUUUGGCACAUAAAAUGGGAUCAGAAUAUCUUGCUAAGCUUUUAUCUCAGCAUUUGGAGCAAGUUAUCAGACAGAAAAUACCAAGUAUCAUUGCCUUAAUUAAUAAAACUAUUGACGAGCUAAAUGCCGAGUUGGACCGUAUUGGCAGACCAAUUGCUGUGGAUUCAGGGGCCCAACUCUACACUAUUUUAGAGAUGUGUCGUGCAUUUGAUAAAGUAUUUAAAGAGCACCUGGAGGGAGGUCGUCCUGGUGGGGACCGGAUAUACGGAGUUUUUGAUCACCAGUUACCAGCUGCUUUAAAAAAGCUUCCUUUUGAUCGCCAUCUUUCCCUGAAAAAUGUCCAGAGGGUUGUCACUGAAGCUGAUGGGUAUCAGCCCCAUCUAAUUGCUCCAGAGCAGGGUUACCGAAGACUCAUUGAAGGAUCUAUAGGCUAUUUCAAAGGCCCAGCUGAAGCCUCCGUGGAUGCUGUUCACUUUGUUUUAAAGGAACUUGUACGGAAAUCAAUUACAGAAACUGAGGAACUAAAAAGAUUUCCAACACUUUCCAAUGAUAUAGCAACUGCUGCGAAUGAAGCUCUGGAAAAAUUCCGAGAAGAAAGCAGGAAGACAGUUACACGGUUGGUUGAUAUGGAGUCUAGCUAUCUAACAGUGGAGUUUUUCAGGAAGAUUCAUUUUGAACCAGAAAAGAAUCCAAAUGGACCACCAAAUCCAAAUCGGAAUGGUCCCCCAAAUAUGGACAGUUAUACUGACAAUCACCUGCGCAAAAUUGGAACAAAUGUAAGUUCCUAUAUCAAUAUGGUUUGCGAUACACUUAAGAAUACCAUACCCAAGGCUGUCGUUCAUUGUCAAGUCAGAGAGGCUAAGCGAUCUUUGCUGAACCACUUUUACGUUCAAGUUGGGAGGAAGGAGAAGGAAAAAUUGGGUGCCAUGUUGGAUGAAGAUCCAGCCCUUAUGGAAAGGAGAAAUCAAAUAGCCAAAAGGCUUGAAUUAUACAAGCAAGCUAGGGAUGACAUUGACUCGGUGGCUUGGAAAUAAUGAGAUCCCAGAGUUUGCAACAGAUGUUGUGAGAUUCCUUAUAGAUUUUGUAGCUUUUACUAUUUUUUAAUCAAGCACGAACAGAAAAAAAGUCCACGGUUACGACGAGAAGUGAAAAUCGUACUUGCGUAUAAUUCUUUUGACCCACAUACCACAGUGUAAAAAGCAUCCGAUCCGAGUUCUAUGUUGUGAUUUUAUGUAACUUACGAGUUUUAUGUUGUGAUUUUAUGUAACUUCGAAGGACUUCACCAUUUUAUUAGUCA